GGCGGCGCGGCCGCCCAUGCGGCGAGGGGGGAGGGCUGAGGCGGCGCGGCGGGCAGGAUGCACCAGAAGCUGCUGCGGAGCGCGCACUACAUCGAGCUGGGCAGCUACCAGUACUGGCCCGUGCUGGUGCCCCGCGGCAUCCGCCUCUACACCUACGAGCAGAUCCCCGUCUUCCUCAAGGACAACCCCUACAUCACGGACGGCUACCGCGCCUACCUGCCCUCCCGCCUCUGCCUCAAGAGCCUCUUCAUCCUGUCCAACGAGACCGUCAACAUCUGGAGCCACCUGCUCGGCUUCGUCCUCUUCUUCACGCUCGGCAUCUACGACCUGACGGCGGUGCUGCCGGCGGCCGGCGCCGCCCGCGAGGACUUCGUCAUCUGCUCUGUCUGCCUCUUCUGCUUCCAGGUCUGUAUGCUUUGCUCAGUAGGAUAUCAUCUUUUUUGUUGUCAUCGCUCAGAGAAAACCAGCCGACGAUGGAUGGCAUUAGAUUAUGCAGGAAUUUCCAUUGGUAUCCUGGGCUGCUAUGUAUCGGGCGUAUUUUAUGCAUUUUAUUGUAAUAACUACUGGCGUCAGGUGUAUUUAAUCACUGUGCUGGCAAUGAUCUUGGCAGUAUUUUUUGCUCAGAUUCAUCCCAGUUACCUCACACAACAGUGGCACAGGCUGCGCUCCAUCAUCUUUUGCUCAGUGUCUGGAUAUGGAAUUAUUCCUACAAUCCACUGGGUUUGGCUCAAUGGAGGAAUCAGUGCAUCUAUUGUACAGGAGUUUGCUCCACGUGUGGUUGUGAUGUACUUCAUUGCUGCAGUAGCUUUUCUCUUCUAUAUAUCCAAAGUUCCAGAGCGAUACUUCCCAGGACAGUUGAACUACCUCGGAUCUAGUCACCAAGUAUGGCAUAUCCUUGCAGUAGUGAUGUUGUAUUGGUGGCAUCAAUCUACAGUUUAUAUCAUGCAAUACAGACACAGCAAGCCCUGUCCUGAGUAUAGUGUGGACUUGUGAGUGAAGAGAGAUCGUACUGCCAUGAAAUUUCUGAUUAUGAGGGUUUGGACAUUACCUAGAUGCCACGAUAUCAAGUUAUGCACUGAAGCGUUUCUUCUCCAACUUCGACUGUUUCCCCACUUGCUGGGAUGUACAUGAUCAGGAGUUUUGAAGAGAACAACAACGCCCAGGUCCCAGAUUAAUUUCCUUCUCGAUCAUUUUAUGUUCUGCAGUGAAGUACAAAACAGGUCUUCCCAGAGCGGGUGAUGGACAGGUGGGCCAUAUGAGAAAGUAUGUGGAUCGCUGGAUUCCGUUCUUGAUGGUAAACGCGAACAACAGAAGUAAGUACUCUCGGUGAGCCAACAGGCCCUUAUAUCGGUUCAGUGAUUUGCAGGUUCUCGUUCAAGUGCAAAACGAAGGACCAGCGUGCUGCAUCUUUCGGAGUCAUUGUCCGAGCGAUUUGCUUAUGCUUACACAUCAGUACAGUCGUGUAUAAAAUAGAAUCCAGUGGAGUCUCGUACUUUUCUAGAAAAGCUUUCUUUCGUUGUGUUCGGAAAAUGACAGCAGAUAUCCACUAUAGUUUUCUUCAUUGCCAGACUUCAAAAUAGCUCCCCACUACAGGCUAUGCCAUUACUUCAGCAUUUUUUUCAAACUCUAGAUCCCUUACAUGCUUGUAAAAAUACUGUUCUGACAUAUUCUGAGGGCAGCAGUGUUCAAGUUCUGUGCACUCUUGCAACCAGCAGACAGCUGCAAAGAGUUUUUUUUAAACAAGUUGUGUUUUUACAGGUAUAAAUAAUAUACCCUAUUUGAGUAGUGGUCCUGCUGUGGAUUUAAAUCACUGAACUUGGCCUUUUAAAAUAUGAUAUAUUAUGCUACGCUUUCAGUACUUUCUUACUGAAAAAAAAAAGACUUACUGCCAUAAUUUUUCUCACAGUAAAAAUAAUUGCCUUGGGUUUUAAAAAGUGUAGUUAAAACCAUGCCUUCUAAUAUGAAUGCUAUGGAGACUUGAAACAUACAGAUUUUUAGGGAGCUGUAACUCAGCAUGAUUCAGCUCCGUGCCAGUUUUCUGAAUUGGAUUGGAAUUCUUCAGAUUUUUGGGUUAGAAACAGCAUUUUGAAGUGGCUUCUGUGCAACAGCUGCUUUUGUUUACAGUUCAGUUAAGCAGCGGUAGCAAAUGCUGCUGCGUGGCACGAUCCAACCUCAGUCAGUAUUAGUCCGUUUUCCUCUGCAUGCAUCAAGAUGCUGUUAAUACUUAAUCCCAGACUCAUAGUCUGGGAGGAGGUCAAUUGAAAGACAUGACUGCAACAGCACCAAGUGUCACAACGCAGGCAAUCCUGUAACUGCGGAACAGAAUGUUUCCGCCUGUAGCCGUAGCAGAAAUGGUUGUCAUAAGAUGGUACUGCUGACGUCACUAGAAGUCCGUAUGGUUUGUGCAGUGUGGCCUUUGAAAAUGUACAGAUAUCUUCGUUCUUACUGUGUGAUAAUCUGACAACAGUCAGCCUAAAACAUACUGACAGUAGCCUUUUGUGGUUUUAAACAAGUUGUCUUACCACGCAAGUCCGAGAGACCACCUUAGGCAACAAUACUACAAGCUGCAUAACACACAAAAAAAAAACCAUACCAGCCUUGCGUAUCAUCCUCUGCCGUUGCCUUUGUCCUCGCAGAGAGGAUGCCUUCCCCGAGUGGGUUUUACCUUACCAGUCGCAACAGCAAAGCACGUUUCUCCCUUCAGGCCCAGCGAGCCCUGCUAGCGCAGCAGGACCAUCACGGCGUCGUCUGGAGGGAAGGGACCUGGGUGGGCCGCUAGUCCAGCCUCCUGCUCGGCUGGGCCAGCACCCGGUUCCGACCAGGUUGCUCUGGGCUCUUCUCCAUCAGACCCUGGAAAACUUCCAGGACAGAUGAUGGCCCAGCCUCCAAUGUCUGGCUGGCCUCGUGCUAGAGCCCCCUUCUCCUUUCAUAUAGUCAGGACGGCCCCUGCUUCAGCUCGCACCUUUGCAUGGUCUCCCAUCCUCUGGCCGUGCCUCUCCGUGUGAAAAAGGCUGCUGGUAGGUCCCCCGAGGCCGCCACCUCCUCUCCUGGCUAAGUAGGCCCAGCUGCCUCAUCCUUUUCUUUUGGGGGUGUGUGCUGUAGCCCCCUGGCCCUCUUGGAGGCCCUGUGACCCAGCAGAUGCUCUCAAGGGCACAGCGAUACGAACCUCAGUGUAAAACGUUGGAACGUUCAUGCGAGAUGGAAAACGCAGGGCACUAACUCCUGUGCUGGUAUGCAGGCAUUUGUUAUGAGAGGAUAAUGUUAACUGUAGAUGAAGUUCAGGAACACAGUGUUUUUUCCAACUCCCAAAACACUUAAUGGCAACAACUGACUUUCCACGUAGAAUUUAACUCCCAGACCUUUGAGCUUUUUCAUGUAGCACUGAUUUUUUUUUUAAACUUCACAGCCAAGCAAGUUUCAAGUGCUCUAAUGACUACUACUGAAGCCUAACAAGGAACCUGCAAGUAAAAAAAGCCCAUUUCCAGUGUUACAUAAACAAUAUUUGAAAAAUGUGUGAUUGUGUCUUGAGAGCAUACUGAUUUUGUAGUUGGCUAGAUUUUUUUUUUUUUUUUAUGUAAACUACUGUAGCAGUUUUCACUGGAUAAGGAAACUGAUUGCCAAGUUGUACAUUUUUUUUAUUCUGAUAAAAUUUAUCAAGCUGCAUGACACUGAUUUAUGUAAAUAUUGAGCCUGUAAAUAAAUUUUGGUUCAUUGGAUGUGUA